UAAGGGGUUUCAGUCUCGCAUGGCGCCGAAAAAGCGUUGAAGUAGGCGGGGACUGCAAAAUGUGGAAAAUCCCUUUCAGCUUUAUUAUACUCGGUAGCGUCAAUGUGCAGUGGGAGACGAGAGAGUAUUCGGAUCCAUCGCCAUACAUCAUCAAAUGCAUCCAUCAAUCUAUCGGGGCUCAGGAUGCACAUACCAGCGCCCGUCAUGAUCGAAUGUGCUAUCCUUUCAGUUUCUGGAAAAAAUAUGGAUCGACACGCACACGCAUCCACCCUUCGUCAUCUAGGACCAUGAAGCACAACAACCAAU